CGCACAGUUGCGUCAUGCGGAGCACAAAGGCACACUGUCUGCUGCUCAUUAUUUUGCCCAUUGGCAUUUGGGCGGAGUCCAGUGCAAAGAAGUUAGAGCUGGAGAAUCAGCCGGACAGGUUGGCCUAUUGCCGUUCACUGCAGCGUCUGCAGCAGUAUGACCCGAUCAGCUGCCUCCAACUCCUCGCUGAUGAGCGUCCGAUGACCGGUGAGCUGUUGAUGGACUCACAGCAGCGCUGCUGGUGGGGCUGGGAACUGUUUGGCAGACGAUGUCGGAAACGUGCCUAGAAAAUAUAAUAAUAAUAAAAUAAAUUGUAA